GGGGUUGUCGGAGGAAGGCGUGGCCGGAAGUGAGCGUGGCUGACGUCACCCGCGCGGCACCGCCCCGGAAGUGGAAGGCGAGGGCCGCGAUGCGCCAGGGCGGCGCCGGGGCCGAAAUCGCGGGGGCGGGGCGCGGGCGCUUCCGGGUGCGAUGGAGUCGGAGCUGGACGACGUGGUGGCCGUGGAGGACCUGAUGGCGCUGGAGCGGCGGUACGCGGCGGCGCGCCGGGGGGGGGGGCCGGUGCCCCCCCAGGUGCAGUUCGAGUACGCCUGGGCCCUGGUGCGGAGCCGCUACGGGGGGGACGUGGCCCGGGGGGCCGCCCUGCUCGAAGAGCUCAUGCCCACGGGCACCAAGGAGGAGCAGCGUGACUACGUCUACUACCUGGCCGUGGCCAACUACCGCCUCAAGGAGUACGAGCGGGCGCUGCAGUACGUGGAGGGGCUGCUGCAGGCUGAACCCCACAACGCCCAGGGGCUGCGGCUGCGGCGCCGCAUCCGCGACAGCAUGCGCAAAGACGGGCUCCUGGGCAUGGCCCUGGUUGGUGGCCUGGCCCUCGGUGUCGCCGGCCUCCUCGGCCUCGCCAUCGCCAAGGCCAAGUCCUGACCCCCCCCCGGCGUGUCACCUCCCGUUGUCACCCCCGUGUCACCCCCGUGUCACCUCCCCCCAUGUCACCCCAUGUCGCUCCAUUGCCCUGUGUCACCUCUGUGUCACCCCCUACGUCACCUCCCCCCGUGUCACCCCAUGUCGUCCCCGUGUGUCACCUCCCCCCUGUGUCACCUCCCUGUGUGUCACCCCCCGUGUCACCCCGUCACCCCCCCGGUGUCACUCUGACGCCUUGUGACACUCCAUGUCACCCUGUGUCCCCUCACCCCCGUGUCACCCCUCUGUGUCACCGUCCCGGUGUCACCCCGUGUGUCACCCCCCUGUGUCAGCCCAUGUCACCCUGUGACACUGUGUCACCUCAUCACUCCGUGACACCCUGUGUCCCCUGAUCCCUGUGUCCCCCGUGUCACCCCCCCUUGUCACCCUGUGACGCUCUGUGUCACCCCAUCACUCCGUGUCACCCCGUGUCCCCUCAUCUCACCCAUGUGUCACCCCUGUGUGCCCCCCCCGUGUCACCAUGUCCCUGAGGUGCCACCGCCCAUGACCGGCACGGCCCACCAUGUCCCCCCGUGUCUCCUCCGUCCCGUGUCACCUCCAUGUCCCCCAUGUCCCCUCCGUCCCGUGUCCCCCCGUGUCACCUCCGCGUCCCCCCAUGUCCCCGUGUCCCCACGUCCUUCCCCGUCCCCGUGUCCCCUCCAUGUCCCCUUACGGCGAUGACCCGGUGACACGACGGCGACGCCACGGUGACACCACGAUGACACGGCGGCGAUGCCACGGUGACACGGCGGUGACAUGAUGGUGACGCCACGGUGACAUGACGGCGACAUGAUGGUGAAGCCACGAUGACACAACAGUGACGCCGUGAUGACAUGAUGGUGACGCCACGGUGACGCCACGUUGACACGACGGCGACAUGAUGGUGACGCCACAGUGACAUGAUGGUGACACCAUGGUGACAUGAUGGUGACACCGGGGCCGAGAGGGCGACACCAAAGCAGGACGCGGCGGCGCCUCGGUGGUGACGUCGCGGUGACACCGGUGACAUCACGGCGACGCCACGGUGACGUCACAGCCACAGCCGGGGACGCCGGGGGGGUGACGCCCCCGUGUCCCCCCCCCCCCCCCCGUGUGCCUUGGGGACACGCGUGUCCCCCCCCCCCGCGUCCCCCCCCCUCCGGCGUGUAAAUAAAACCGGUUGCGUUC